UCAAGUCCGCUACGACUUGCUGGCUACCGACCGACCAUGGACUCCCAGAGGGGCUCCCUCCUACCCCGGGACGGGGAGACCCCGGAAAAGGAGAUACAGCUGCGGGUGACCCCACUGGAGCUGAAGUUUCUGGACGCGCUGGCCGGCAAGGUGUACCGCCUUCCAAUUACUGUACACAAUCUCGGCCGUUGCAACCAAAAGAUUUGGUUUCAGGAGCCGGCCAAACCACAGUUCAAACUGAUUUUGAACAAUCUGUAUAAAGAACUUGCUUCUGGACUUCAUAUGACAGCUAUGGUAGAAUAUCAUCCCGAUAAAGAUGAAGACACUUUUGACCAACUACUUAUUUCAAUAGGAAAUAAAACAAUAGAGAUCCCUCUAAUUGGGUUGAUUCCAUCUUGUCAAUUAGAAAUCGAGUCAGAAGUGAAUUUUGGCACACUGGUUACCAAUAGUAAAGUAUAUUGUAAAGAGGUUCAUAUCACUAACCAUGGCAGAGUUCCAGGUAUGUUUAAAGCAGAAUAUGAGGGCCAAUUACCUAUUGCCAUUUAUCCAACUAAGGGUAUUGUGGAGCCGAAGUCAUCAGUGAUUAUUAAAGUGGAUUUCUGUGCAGACCAGCCCAGAAUCAUAAAUGAAGUGGCAAAAGUAAGUUUGCAAGGUCAUCCAGAAAUACUACUGAAUAUCAAAGCUUGUGUGGUUGAACAGAUUAUUGAAUUGUUAACCAUGAGUUGUGACAAAAAGUUGGAAUGCAUACGCUUUGGUUCUGUUUUCUUUGGAACAUCAAAAAUUGAACACGGACUUCUAUACAAUAAAAGUCCAGAAGCGAUACAUUGGGUGGCCAUAAAGCAGGAUGGUGCAGUUGGAGAAGAAUUGGGUACAAAUAUUCAACAAAGAACGGAUAUUGCUUUACAUAAUCUCACCUACUUAAACAAAAUAAAGAACACAGAUAUUACCACUUUUAUGUCCUGUGUUCCUAAUGAAGGGAGGUUACUACCUUAUCAAAAGAUUGUAAUUACAUUUUGUUUCAGCCCAAAGCUAAUUGCUGAUUGUAAAAAGGAUAAUGAUCCUUCACACAGGCAGGACUAUGCUGUCUUUUUGAGAUUUGAGUCUGUAGGAAGUAAAGAUGGAUUUUUGAGAGAUGAUAAUAAAAACAUCAAAAGUGAUCGAUUUCAGAACGUGGAAGUAGCAAUGACAGGCUCGGCACUUAGUGUCUUACUACAUUUUGGUCCAGGAAAGGUCCUUAAUUUUGCACCAUGUUUCAUGGGUGGACAUUCAGAGUGUCUGUGUUUUAUGCAAAAUCUGUCCAAAUCACACCCUGUGAUGUACCAGUUUAAAAAAACUGCACAUUUUAAAAUUGAUCCUCAAAGGGGCAAGAUUGAUAAAGGAUGUAUCCAGAAUGUGAUAUGUUCAUUCGUUCCACAUCAAGUUGGAGUCUUUAAAGUGAAGCAGUUUAUAGACAUUAUUGGCCCAGUAGUAGAUGAAAAUUUGCAGUCUUUAUCACUGAAACCUUUUCACCGAGUAUAUUUAGAUUUCAACAGUGUCUGCAAACCUUGCACCAAGGAAAUUGUGAUGAAAAUUAAUCCUGGUAUAUCCCCUUUGGUCAGUAAUCCUGCUGGACAGUUUGUGGCCAAAGACUUGACAACAUACAAGGACUGUGCACCUGUCGCAAUGCUGAAGUCAACCCUUACACGCAUUCAUGAUCAUCGCUCAAGUGAAGAGUCAAAGGAUGCGCUGAUAGCCUUUCCCAAUGACCGAAAUGCAAGUAUCAGGUCUGGAGAGCAGAAUAGACAUUUCAGGACAAUUUUCACAAAGAUUCCAAGAUACAACUAUGUGGAUCCUGAUUUUGCAUAUACUGAAUUUGAAAGAAUAGAAAAGAAAGCACAUGACAACUAUUAUGCAAGACACAUUGAACAUUCAAGAAACAUGCGCCUACAAAAACAAGCGGAGAGGGCAUACAUGUAUUCAUAUAACGAUACAGACAUAGGAUUACAGCCAGGAUCAGAUAUAAAGUCACCUUCCCUCUCAGAAACAGAAAUAGAAGAGGAUUUACCUUCAGCAAUGUGUCAGAUCAGACCUAAUCAAAUGCUAAGUACCAAGAAGAUGUCAUCCAAGGAGACAGCAUCUCUGAAAAGAAAGGUUCUCACAGGACUUAAAUCAGGCCCAUCCACACCCCAUGAAAAACAUGAUUGUAGCUUAAUUUUGACACCAAAGCAAAUUCAUCAAGUAAUCAUUGGGCCCUCUGUCCUUAAUUUUGGUGAAGUUUGUGUGAACUCCACAAAUACUCAUCUACUGCAUGUUAUUAAUAUGCUACCUAUGCAUAUUUUGAUCCAAUUAGAUAUUGAUUUGGAAGAACUUCAGAAAACCAAGCAGUUUUCAUAUGUGGUUCCACCUACAGCUAGUACUCAUAUUUCAAUGGUAUUUGACUCUCCAACCAUUGGAAAAUUUUGGAAGGCUUUCAGCUUUACAGUGAAUGGUAUACCCAGUGGGCACAUCCUGGUGACGGCAGUUGUCAUUCCAGUAAAACUUGAGCUAUCUUCUCAUGAGCUAGUAUUGAGACCGCACGGUUCCUCGAUGAAAACAUGUUUUAGGGGAACAGUUAGGUUACAUAAUCAUCAUAAUUAUUUUCCCCAGUUUGAAUGGCAACCAGUAAACACAGGAAGAGGGAUGGCAUUUUCCAUUCAUCCAGCUAAAGGUACGGUUGAACCAUACUCCUCAUUGGAUUGUGAAAUAACAUGGCAGCCAAGUUUCAUUUCUCCAGAAGAGGGAGAAUUUAUUCUUCACAUCAAGGAAGGAAACACGCUGACACUAAAAUGUGUUGCACAUGUUGGUCACACCAAGGUCAUGUGUUUGCAGCCAAGGAUAAUCUUCAGUAAUAGCCCUCAAGGUUUGACAACUUGGAGGAAAGCCAUUCUUCGCAAUGUUGGACAAAACCAUGCGUAUUUCAAGGUUUGUGACCAGAGUCUUUUGUCUACCAUUAAUAUUGUUCCAUCACAUGGAAUAAUUCCAGUGGGGGGGCUAACUCUUCUCAACAUCUCCUGUACACCAACUGUGGCAGAAAACUUUGAUACAAGAGCUGAGGUUGCUAUUCGUCAUGGAAAUGUCAUAGACCUUAGGAUUGGUGGAUCUGUUGAGAUUGCUGAUGUCGAAAUUAAUCCGGAUGUAUUUAACUUCAGUGGCACAUAUAUUGGCACCACUCAGGUUAUUCCAUUUUUAAUAAAAAACAAAGGUAUAACGCGUGCAAGAGUGGAUUUCAAUUUAGAAGAGUUUGAAGAAUUUUCAGUGGAUUUUAAAGGUAAAUCAGGGGAAUUCAUGGGCCCGGCAUUUCCCAAAAUAAAUUCUUUGGAAUUAGAGGAAAAUACAUCUCUGCAGUGUGGCAUAGCAUUUUCUCCCAAAGAAGUGGCAACAUAUGACUUUAAUUUGCAUGUUCGAAUUAAUUUCUUCAAGGCUUCAGAACUUUACACUCAACAUUGUUUGACAAAUUCUCCUAUGGUAUCAAAGACAACACCACUUAUUCGGCCGUGUCAUGUUCAAGCUGCUGUAUUGCAAGCACCAUUGCUAUUAUCCAGCACUGAUUUCAUAUUUGAAGUCCCAUUACAUACUCUGGAUCCUAAAAACAAGGUCACAAAAACUGAGGAUCUUGUCUUACAUAAUACUUCAAAACGAAGUGUGCUGUGGACUGUGGAUAUUAGUGGAACUAGCAAACUUUUCAAAAAUGGCAUAUUCCAGUUUAGUGCACUGAGUGGGAUUCUGCCACCUCUUGAAGAGUAUACUAUUUCCAUUACUUUUUGUCCAAAUCAUCCUGGAAAAUACACAGCUGACAUUCCUAUAUGUCUAAAUGAUAAUCCAGUUUGCUAUCGAAUGUUACAUUUGAUUGGAGAGAUAAAAUCACCAAAGUUAUUGUUUGACCCUCCAUUCAUAUUUUUUACUCCUGUUCCUUUGGAUGUAACAACUGUGAUGAAUAUCAACAUUUUGCCUCAAAACUAUUUCAGAGAUUCAACUCUAAGUGUCCAGAUUCCCACAACGCUUCUUGAUGGUGAUGAGAUUCACCCUUUUUCCAUGACAUUUCCAAAAGGCAGAGUCAUCACAGGCUCUUCCAGUGGAAUUAAUGCUGAGCUCACCUGCCACCUCAGUUUCAACUCAUCUAAACCUGUGUCAUUUUUCACCAAUGUUCUUUUCUGUGCUGGCACAGAUAGCUGGUUUUCACUGCCAGUUACUGCAACAGCAGAAAACUGCAUUCUUACUAUUUACCCAUAUAUGGCACUUCAUCAUAAGAAGCAAAAAAUCAUUGUAAAGAAUGAUAAGCAUGCCAGUCCUGUGAAGACUAAAGACAAUGUUUUACUUCCCCACCAAGAGGCUGGAUUAUCCUCUCCUGCUCCUACUAAAUUGAGUGAUGCUGAGCCUGCAAAGAGACUAUUUGUUGGAAUGGAAAUAAAACAUGAAAGAUCGAACGUGGGCAAAAGUGAAAAGUCAAAGAAAGGAAGAGAAAAGUCUAUGGAAAAGGAGAAGAAAAAUGAGCAAUUCUUUCCUUUUGAAGAAGGAACAGAAGCAUAUGACUUCUUUCAGAAGGCUGUAAAUGCAGCUCAGACCUGGUUCAGUCUCUUUGGCUGGCCCGAAGGACAUCAUUUUCUUUCUAUUCCAGAGACUAUAAGAAGGGAUGUGUAUAAAAUACAAUCCGACUCAUCAACCUCGUCAUCCAAAAAAUAUUCCAGACACAAUGCCUUUUCCAAGUAUAAUAAGACAAUUUAUGAUGUGGUGCUCCACUUGAGUGGAAAAAUGCCACCUGGAAUUAAUUCAAGUCAGUCUUUACCUAUGGAUUACACUGACAGGGUGAUGCAGCUUCAUUUGCAACAUUCUUCACUUCUUGACUUUCUCAAUGCUCAAGGAGCAUGUAUUUCUCAUGUACUGCCAGAAUUUCUGCUUGAACCAGAAGAUUAUAAGAAGUGGAUUGAAAUUACAUCUUCCGCUAGUCCCUCGCCUGCAUGUUCCUAUAUACCUAAGGAAAACCAUUCUAUUGUUAUCAAUAUGACUAAGUUUGAAGCCUGGAGCAAGCGGGCAUGGACAGAUGUACUCCUUCAGAUGUACAAGGUUCUGGUACUAUCCCGGGUUGUACCACGUUGCAGCAGUAAUAUGCCCCCCAUACAAGGGCAACAACAUUCACAAAAAGUCAAUCCUUGUUUCAUGUCCAGCAACAUAUAUUCUAAUUCUGAAAGGAUUCUUCUUAGUUGGAUGAAUACAAAUUAUGAGAAUGCCCGACAUAUUAUAUGGAAAAACUGUCAAAAAGGUGUUAUUCCCUGUGAGAGAUGGAUAGUAAAUUUUGACGAAGACCUUUUAGAUGGCCUUGUUUUUGCAACACAGUUGGGAGCCUAUUGCCCAUUUUUGAUUGAGUCUCAUUUUGUAAAUAUGUACACAGAACCAAAAAGUUCUGAACAGUAUCUACACAAUUGUCUGAUUAUUGUGAAUGUUCUUUGUGAAAUUGGCUUUGACAUCGAUAUACAGGCCACUGACAUCUGUGACCCUAAUCCAAUCCUGAUGCUUAUGCUUUGUGUGUACAUGUAUGAGAGGCUCCCUACAUACCUCCCCAAGAAGGUGGUGCCCUUUCAUUGUGCUCUGCAUGACACUGUGUUGAGACAGAUUCUACUGAAAAAUCCAAGCUCCAAAAACUUAGUGUAUAAUGCUACAAUUGUUGGAAGAGAUGCCUCUGACUUCUCCCUCUCCCAUUCAGGGAAUGUUGUGACAAUUUCUCCAAGAAACCAAGCUGAUGUCACUCUGAAGUUUACCAGUCGCUUCCUUCAUCCUUCUGAAGCCUCACUGCUGUUAAUUUCAAAAUCUAAGCAUGCAGUAGGAGGCACUACCAUGACUUUUGCUCUUAAGGGUGAAGUCCUCAAUUUUAAAGGCAUUGAAAUUAUAAAAUGCAAAUCCCCAUGUUAUAAAUGGAAAGAAAUCAUUGUGAAUGUUAAAAAUCCCUUCCAUUCUGCUGGAGAUUUCAGUGUCAUUUUGGUGGAGUCUUCAACAUUUGUUUCUUUGCCAUGUCAACUGACUGAAUCUGGACAAUUUGUUAACCACACAAACAAUGGUGAUGCUGUGAGUAGCUGUGAACAUGAUGUUGCUGAGGGCUGUUUCAAUGCCCCACAUGCCUUAAAAACUUCAAUUAUGUCCAAUUUCAUCCAAGAGUUCUUCUGCUCAGCACAUACUCUUCAUCUGAAAGUGAAAGAAACUUCAAUACUGGAGCUCUUCUUUCUCCCCUUUGAAAUCCACACUCGCUACUGUGUCAUCAUCCUCAGCAACCAAAAGAUCGGAGAAUUAAUAUACAUUGUGGAAGGAAUUGGUAUGAUCCCCUUGCCUUCCAGCUUCGUGACAACAGAUUUUUCAACUCCAUUUGACUACAGCACUUCUCCCAAAGAAGUGUUUAAUAAGGAAGAUCCAGUUCUGUAUUUGAAAUGUGGCCUCCGUCAAACGUUGGAUGUGGACCUUAAAUUGCCGCUGAGUAACAAUGCCAAGGAGAAGGCUUUGGUUUUUGCAGCACAGCAACGGAUGUCCAAUAUAGAGUAUGAGCGAAGGUUGCUCACAGGCACUCUGGAAAGCAGUAGUGUCCGUGUGGCCAUCGCCCUCCUGGGACUGACCAAGAUCGAGUCCUGUAUGCUCUUUAAUACCUCAAAGUUGAAGAAGCCUAAGGCCAUUUUAUACAAUGUAGAACAGAGCCUCCCAGAAUAUUUUGAUAUCCCCAAGAAAAUCUAUAUUCCUCAGAUUGCAGAAGUUCAAGCUCAACUGAUUCAAUGUCAAGGAAUUAAGCCUACAGCUAAAACAGGUGGAUCUGUUCCAGUUCCUUUACGAUUUACUCCUGUCAAACCUGGCCGCUACCCUUGUAAAAUUUUGUUAACAUCCUGGUAUGAUGUGCGUCUCUAUUACAUUGAAGGUGUGGUAAAUGAGGAGCAUCCAGAGGCCAGAUUUGAAUUUGAAACACCAGCAUUUGAAGCCCUUACCCAGAAUAUUCCAUUAAAUAAUAAAACAAGGAAAGAAUGGAAAUGUCAAGUUACUAUAGAAGGAGAAUGGUUUUAUGGACCUUCUCUUUUACACAUUGGACCAGGUGAAACUGUACAGUAUCCUCUCACAUUCAAACCUAUUUGGGAAUGUGAGAUUAUGGGCAGACUUAUUCUACAAAAUGAAGUAGAUGGUAUGGAGCAUGUCUUUGAAAUAAAAGGGGUUGGAAAAAAGCCCGUGGCCUUGGAACACAUCACUGUUGACUGUCAAGUGGGGAAUAUAGCAAAUAAACCCAUAAUGGUGCCCAGCUGUAUGAACACUGCCCUAACAUUUAAGGUAUCUUCAGAUCUUCCAAUGGUGUGGGGAAAUCCAAACAUCACCAUAGACCCUGACAAUGUAAUUCCAUAUAUUCUACACAUAUGUCCUUGGAAACGUGGAGUAUUCAAAGGUGCCAUUUCAUUUUCUGUUAAAAGCAGAAAAAAUUAUUCUCAGGAAUAUUCAGAUCAAUGUCAAGAUAAACAUAAUCAAGAUCAACUACCCUCCUGUCACAAAACAGUAUCCCAACUAUCCAAUGAGUUUCAUGAGGAAGACUCAGGUGAUGAUAUUAGCAAUUUAAGAAUCUGGUAUGAUCUUGAGAUCCACAGCUCUCCCAGACCACCAGCAAACAUCAUUGAGGUGAAAUGUAUUGCUCUGGAAAGCGUUUGCAUUGCAGUUCCUCUCUCUAAUCCAAAAAAGAAAAUUAUUCACCUAGAUGUGCAGUUACCGAGUGUCGCCUUUAGUGGACUCAAGGAACUUAAACUGCAUCCACUAGAAUGCACCAACUAUGUUGUAUGGUAUACUCCAGUGACUGUGGGCUGCAGAGAUGAAAGCAUUAUUUUUCAGCCUGAUGUGGCCCUAGAGUUCUGGUAUUUGCUGAGAUUAACUGUUGAAUUACCAAGACCAACCACAAUGCCAGAAAUACAGUGUGACCUUGGAAAGCAUGUCACUCAGACAAUUCCUUUAGUUAAUCCUACACAUGAAACCUUAGAAUUGCAAGCCACAAGCACUAAUCCUGGAAAUUUCAUCCUGGAUGUUAACAGAUCACCACUGAUCUUACCUCCUUCCUCCACCAAAGAGGUUUUUGUCCACUUUUUUCCUUCUGCUCUUGGAAGAACUGGUCAUCAAGCUUCUAUCAUCUUCCACUGUACUCAGUUUAAAGAAUGGAAAUUCUGCCUGUCUGGAGUGGGAUUAUUCCCCCAGCCUCUAGAUAUAGAAAGAGUAACCACAUACCUCCAUCUCCAUACAUCUAUCGUUGUAUCUUUCCAAAACCCUACCCAGGAAGAUGUCUUAGUCAAUAUCGUACUAACAAGUCGGGAAAAUCGCAGGCAUCUCGUCAUUGGCCACUGCUGGGAUGGCUUCUUCAGUGAGAGUUCUGCCUUCAAGUUUAGUAGUCUGAGUCACACACAAGGAAUUGCAUUACCUCCUAAAAAGAAUGUAGACAUCCCCGUGUUAUAUAUGCCCAACAUUAUGAAAUUACAGAAAACACUGGUCAUUGUUCAAAUGAUGAGGGCAAAUGGAGAAAAUUGGCCCAUUGACAAUUUUGAUGAAUUGAGCACAGAGAUGAAAAGAACUAUGGGAAUAGACAGUGGAGAAAUCCAUGCAAUAAACUGGAUAUACCCCAUUGUUGGACUCCCACAGUCACUGCAUCCUAAGUGCCCUCAAGUUGUCAUAAAAUGUCAGUCCAGGAAGCAGGUAGAAGAGGAGGUGGAAGUCACACUCGCUGGUGAAUUUUUUGGAGAAAAUCCAGAUGUGACAGAUUUUGUAGUAAUUCCAAAAAGAAAUUCAUCUGAGUCUUAUGAAGAUGUUCAUGAUAAGCCAAUAAAACGUGAAUUUGAAUAUGAAAUUCAGUUUGAAUCUGAAGUUGCGAAGUCUAACUUGGAAUCCUGCGUGGCUUUACAUUUGAUCAAAACAUUUUAUAAUACGAAGGCUGAAAAGAUAACAUUGGUCUUCAGUCUGGUAUUUGCACCAAAGAAACCAUUGAAGUCUCAAAUUAUGCUGAAAAUAGACUGCAUAACAGAUGGGAUCUGGAACUUUCCCAUAAUAUUGGUUGCUACUGAGCCUGAUGUGGAUAGUGUCAUUGAUAUUGAAGGGGUUGGCUUAUUUAAGGAAUCUAUUGUUGACUUCAGGCUGACAAGUCAGACAAGAAAUCCUGAGCCAUUCACUGCAUACUUCCGAUCUGGCAGCGACCCUGAGUUUUUUGUAAAACCUCAGGGUGGAGAACUUCUUCCUUUUGACACUCCAGGAACUCUCAUCACUGUGGGUUUUAAACCCAAAAUGUACAGUAGGAAGUACAAGGCAACAUUAGUAAUACAGACAGCAGAUAUGUACCGCUUGUAUGAUAUCAACGGGUUACCUCAAGUUACUAUUCCACCAGUAAAUGCAAAAGCCAAAAUUGACAGUACCAAUGAGAUGUUUGACAGCAAGCCAGUUGGUCGGCGCAAUUUUAUCCGUGAAAAUGCUAAUCUCUUAAGGACAGGGGUGUCCUCUACCGUCAAGGGUGCUCCUUUGAUGUUGAAGAAUAAAUAAAAAGUAAUUUUUUCCAAAAUGUUUCCUUGUCUUAAGUAGAAAUGAAUAUAUUUUCAUGAUUGUUAUUUCAUCAUUUGGAAUGUUUCUGAGGAAUGUUUCAAUUAUAAUAGGCCUCCUAUAUUUUACUUUUUAAAUAGUGACUAAAUCUAUUCUUUAAAUAUGUUACACCUAAUUUCUGAGUUAUGUGUUUCUUUUAAAAUGUAUGGGGUGCAAAUAUUGGGAUUGGUUCACUUGUAAAGUACAGGAGUGUACUUGUAGUAAAACUGGAAAAUGAUUUCAAGUUAAAAAUUCAAGC